AUGCACGCCGCCCUGGCGGGGCCGCUGCUCGCCGCCCUCCUCGCCACCGCUCGCGCCCGCCCGCAGCCCCCGGACGGAGGACAGUGCCGGCCGCCCGGAUCGCAGAGGGACUUGAACUCCUUCCUGUGGACGAUUCGGCGUGAUCCUCCGGCCUACCUGUUUGGCACUAUCCAUGUCCCCUACACCCGCGUCUGGGACUUCAUCCCGGACAACUCCAAGGCAGCCUUCCAGGCUAGCGCCCAUGUCUACUUUGAACUGGACCUGACAGACCCCUACACCAUCUCGGCCCUGGCCAGCUGCCAGCUGCUGCCGCAUGGGGAAAACCUGCAGGAUGUGCUGCCCCACGAGCUUUACUGGCGCUUGAAGCGCCACCUGGACUACGUGAAGUUGAUGAUGCCCUCCUGGAUGACGCCUGCUCAGCGGGGCAAGGGGCUCUAUGCUGACUACCUAUUCAAUGCCAUCGCGGGCAACUGGGAGCGCAAGAGGCCCGUCUGGGUGAUGCUCAUGGUGAACUCGCUCACAGAGAGGGACGUGCGCUUCCGCGGCGUGCCCGUGCUCGACCUCUACCUGGCCCAGCAGGCUGAGAAGAUGAAGAAGACCACAGGGGCUGUGGAGCAGGUGGAGGAGCAGUGCCAUCCCCUCAACAACGGGCUCAACUUCUCCCAGGUGCUGUUUGCCCUGAACCAAACCCUGCUGCAGCAGGAGAGUGUGCGGGCCGGGAGCCUGCAGGCCUCCUACACCACGGAGGACCUCAUCAAGCACUACAACUGCGGAGACCUCAGCGCAGUCAUCUUCAACCACGACACAUCCCAGCUGCCCAACUUUAUCAACACCACCCUCCCGCCACACGAGCAGGUGACGGCCCAGGAGAUUGACAGCUACUUCCGCCAGGAGCUCAUCUACAAGAGGAAUGAGCGCAUGGGGAAGAGGGUCAUGGCGCUUCUACGGGAGAACGAGGACAAGAUCUGCUUCUUUGCCUUCGGAGCAGGUCACUUUCUGGGGAACAACACAGUCAUCGACAUCCUGCGGCAGGCGGGGCUGGAGGUGGACCACACACCCGCCGGGCAGGCCAUACAUAGCCCUGGCCCCCAGAGCCCAGCGCCCUCUCCUGAGGGGACCUCGACGAGCCCGGCCCCAGUGACCCCAGCUGCCGCUGUCUCCGAAGCACCUUCCGUGACCCCCACCGCCCUACCAGAGGAUGAGGAUCCAGCCCUGUCCCCACACCUCCUGCUCCCCGACAGCCUCAGCCAGCUGGAGGAGUUUGGCCGGCAGAGGAAGUGGCACAAGAAGCAGAGCACACACCAGCGGCCGCGGCAGUUCAAUGACCUCUGGGUCCGCAUCGAGGACAGCACCACCGCCUCGCCGCCACCGCUGCCCCUGCAGCCCACCCACAGCUCGGGGACCGCCAAGCCCCCCUUCCAGCUCUCAGACCAGCUACAACAGCAGGACCCACCAGGGCCUGCCAGCAGCUCGGCACCCACCCUGGGCCUCCUCCCCGCCGUCGCCACCACCAUCGCUGUCCACUUCCUGCUGCAUAGCCUUGGGCCCUCCUGACCUCGGCCACCCCAAGUGGAGAAGCCAGAGAAAUGAUACAGGGGUCUUCGGCCACACCCCACUGCUCCUGCCACCACCUCCAGGGGUGCCCAACACCUUGAGGGCAGUCCAGAUGGGAUUGGCUAGACACUCUAGAGCUUUACUGUACCCAAGUUACAUCUUCUUUUUUGUAGAAGGAUCUUAAUUUCCCAUAGUGCUAUGGGGCUCUUUUGUAAAAUACAUGUCCAUAUUAAAAAAGAAAAAUGUAUUUAUUCUACCGAUAAAACUAUUUUUAUGUGGCCUAUGUUACAACCCCCUAGCCCUAGUGCUGGCCUGGGAGGGGAACCCGGGACAUCAGUGACCUCCUGUGGACUGUGGCUCUGGACUGGCUUGCUCUUGGAUCUCCGAAGCCUCCUGGGUCUGGGUUUGGCUUCUCCCACUGUGGGGCCCUCAGCGGGAGGGGGAGGCAGACAGGCUUAGCCUUUGUGAAGCUGGAUUUGGGAGCCAGAGGUGUGAACGUUGGCCAUCCUCCCCUCUGCUGGAUGCACCCGCGGCCUGGGAAGAUAAUUUAGGAAAGAGAAUGCUGCUACUUUGAAACCCCUGAGUGUCUAUGAACUGGCCCUCCAGAGCUCUUGGGAGCAUUGGCUAUCCUCACUCUUUCUCCAGGUGGGAGCUGGGCUCUUCCUUUCUGGAGAUACUCUGGAUACUCCUUCACUUUGCUGGAUAACCUUGGGCAAGUUCCUGUCCCUCUCUGAGCCUUCACUUCCUCAUCUGUCAAAUGAAGACCUUGUUUCCUGCCUGGGUGGUUCUAGGGCUGGAGGGCAGGGGUGACAUGGGCAAUCUUGGGCCUCCAUGGAGAUGAGGUGCUUGGCUUUCUUCCCAGGACCCACAGGCUGCCACGGGAUUGAAAGCAUGUGGAGGCGGGAAAGGUGACAGAGUAGCAUGCCUCGAAGGCCCCCUUCAUCCCAGUCCUGCUGUGGGGAAAGUGGGCUUUGAACGGGAUCCAAGUCUAAGAUGUUUCCGGUGAGCUGCCAGGGACAAAGGGCUCUCAGACAUCUUGGGUCCCCAGUGGCUGGGGUGGGCGGGGGCUGAUUCAGCCAAAGGAGGCUCUAGCCCAGAACAGAGGAAGCCAGAGCCCCUGCCCCAUUUCUGAGCCUCACAGAGCUUGUCCCCAAGUUGAUUCACUGUGCAACACAGGCUUCAGAUGCAUGUAUUUGAAAGGUAUUCAUGAUGUCCUCUUAUCACCUCUGCCCCUCACCUCUGUGAAUUAUCAUGAAGAGUUCUUUAAGAGUAUAAUAGAAGACAAAGAAAGAUGCUAUUAAUGUUAUUUUGCCAAAAAUAUUUUUGUAGCAUAAUAUAUUAAUAAAAGAUAUUAUGAAUUCAA